UUUUUGUCUUUCAGGCAACAAGCGGAAGAUACCCCUUAAUAUAGCGAGUCCAAAUUUUCUGUGCAAUUCAUCAUUGCUGAAUAAGUAGAAUCUGAAAUAUCUGGCAGGAAAUAAAUCUAUCGAAAAUACUUUCCGCUCCCAAGACAAAAAUGAUGUCUCUUGACGUUAAUCAAAUUAGCAUCAUCAGGAGAUGACUAAAACUGUUUGUUUCCGUCCAAAAGAAUCAUAUUCAUUAAAAUCGCCCGGUAUGUUCUCAGUAUUUACCGUCUCUAUUAUCAGAAAAUGCAUUGGUGAUAUUGCCUUUAAGCUGUUAAUGGAUGAUAGUUCACAAUGCUCUCAGCCUCUGUUAAUUAGUUUCGGUGUAAUUCUUCUGAAGGUUGCUUCUUCUCUAAGAUAAUGGGCAAUACUGUUUUCACAGAACGUACCAACCUCUCGCAGACUCCUUUAAUAUGUGGAUCAAAUGGAAUAUUGAAGAACCAGUUCACGUUCUGCUUGUCUAAAUCUCCGAUAAUUCUAUUUUGUUUCAAGUUUGCCAAAGCUUUUCUCAUCUCGUUAGCGGCCCCUAUCAUGUGGAUCCAUUAUUCGAAUGAAGUUUUAUUGGCUUUCCUAUCCUGUUGAUAAUUAAUGACGUUGGUUAGGAACUAAUUAAUUUCGGAACAUAUUCUGAAAUGUUUUCAUAUAUGUCAAGUGUCAAGUUAAUUGAUAUUUGAUUUGUUUUUAUUAUCAUUUGUUAUUUAUUGGUUUCAAUAAUGGAAAGCAUAAGAGACUUGAAUUUGAAUAAAAUUUGUCGGGUGUGUUUGUAUGAAUGUGAUAAUAUGUUCUCAUUAUACAGUGAGUUAUUUGAGGACAACAACGAUGAUAAAAUGCUGACAAUUUUCGAAAUACUUGCAAACUUAUCAACAAUAAAGGUUGAAUCAAAUGAUGUAUUUCCAACUAUGAUAUGUACUAAAUGUAUCAACAGUGCACACAGCGCUUAUAAAUUUCAACAACAAUGCAAUCGGUCACAAAUGUUAUUAGAUUCAUAUAUGAAUCAAAUGAAUGAUCUGAAAGAAGCUGAAGUACCAAUGUCAACAAAAAAUAAAACGAAUGUGGAAAAACGGAAUCAAGAAAGUUACUCUGAUGAAUCACCAAAGGUACAAUCACCUCAAAGUGAAUUUUUGCCUGAAUCUGACUUAUUGUCUUCAGAAUUAGUAUUCAUAAAUGAUGAAAUAAUGAAAAAUGAUGGCACCGAAGACCCAGGCGAGGAUGAUUGUGAUGAUUUGAGGAACUGUAUACCACUUGGAGAAGACACUGUUGACCAACUCAUAAAAGAUAAUUUACAAGUAGAUAAUCUUGAACUGAUCUCUCCCAAGAUGAGAUCUUUCAAUUUGGAUUUGAAAGCUAUGAACAAAUUAGAAGUGGCUGACAAUUCUAGUCCUGAGAAAGUUGGUAAAGAACAGCCCAACAUGAAAUAUUAUAUCAAAGAAAAAGAUGAUAGCACAGUGGAAUAUGAAUGCAAUGUAUGUCAAAAAUCCUUUAUGACUGCAAGUUGUCUCAAAAAUCAUUUAAAACAUCAUGAUGAUGUCAGACCAUAUGUUUGCACAGAGUGCAAAAAGGCAUUCAAGGUUUAUGGUUCUUUGAUGCAUCACACUCGUAGUCACUCUGGAGAACAACCUUACAAAUGCAAAGAGUGUGGAAAAAAGUACAAACAGUCAGGAACACUCAAAGCACAUAUGAGAAUUCACAGUGGUUCCAAACCUUUCAUAUGCUCAAUAUGUAGUAAGGGUUUCAGACAAGCUCCCGAUUUAACUUACCACAUGAGAACACAUACCAAAGAAAAGCCGUACAUGUGUAACGUUUGUGGAAAAACGAUGUCAAUGCAAUGGCAUCUUGUACAACAUAUGAGGUCACACACUGGUGAAAAGCCUUUUAAAUGCAAUGAAUGCGACAAGGCAUUUCCGUCCUCGACUCGAUUGAAACGACAUUCUAUAAUUCAUACGACUUUAAAACCAUUCAAAUGCAAUACUUGUGGCAAAUCAUUCAACAGAAGCAGCAGCUUACAAGUCCACAAAAAAACCCAUGUUGGAAUCAAAUCUCACUUCUGCUCGACUUGCAACAAGAGCUUUCUAUGGGCGCAUUCCUUGCGAGCACACGUCGCGUUACACGCCAAAGAGUCUACAGAAAGCAGAACAGAAGUUUCAAGUGACGUUAUACACAACGAAGAUUUGUCCCCUGUAGAAUUCAACACGAUGACUAUAUAUUCAAAUCCGUCUGAAAACUCUGUAACAAACGAAUCUUUUACGGUUUUUUCUAGCGUCGAUGAAAAAGCCAGUUCAGAUUCUUUGAAAAUUUGUGCAAUCGGGACAUCAAAAGAUCUCAAAACAUUCACGCUUUACUCUGCUGAUUCAAAUUUUAAUCAAGUAACUUCUCUCACUUCUGUUCAAUGAAUCUGAUCUAGUUGUAAAAUUGAGGUAAUUGUAACUUCAAUUUUGAAGUUUAUAUUUUGCCUAUUUUGAAAAAUGAAUAUUGAAGUGGAACCUCUGGCUAAAUACAGCAAAAACACUUUUUCCACAAGCCAGAACUGCAACACUUUUUUCUAAAAUACGAAGAUAUAUUCAAAAAUUCUUAGACAACUAUAGAAACAAACAAAAUUUAAAAUUCACAGUAUUUUAUUAUUCAACAUAUGGAUACAUUGGAUACAUUUAUUACAGCGAACCUGUUAUACCUCUAUAUAUUAUGAUCAGAAUAUCUGAAUUCCUCAACAUUAAUAAACUCAAGCUCAAUGUCAAUAAAAGGAAAGCAAUGAUAAUUACAACAAAACAUAAACAUAAUUCAAUUGACAAAACAUCUAUAAAGUAUAAAUAUUUACAAUAAAAAAUUGAAAUUGUCGAGGAAUUUAAAUAUUUAGGGUUCAUCUUGUAUCAAACACUGAAUAUAAAAAAACAUUUCAAUUAUAUCCGCGAUAAAAUUGCUAAAAAACUAUUUUUCUUUAGCCAUGUAAACAGUUGCUUACUGUUUCAGAUUUCCAUUACAGUUUUCAAAUCAAUCAUUCAACCACAUUUCGAUUACUGCGCGAUUACUUGAUGCAAAUUGUUUGACUACAUUGCAAAAACUACAGAAUAGAGGCAUGCGCCUAAUUUUAAGAUGUAAUAGAUAUACGCCAACUACAACAAUGUUGGAAGUUCUGGAUUGGCUUUCUGUGAAAGACCGUCUGUUCUAUGCACCCCCAUAUUUUGACCAAUUUAUUGUUUUCCAUCACCAAAUUCAUAAUUACCCCACUAGGGGGAAUUCCAAUUUAUAUGUACCACGUUUGAACUUUACACGAUCCAUGAACUGCUUAUUCCAUAAAGGACUAUUGGGCUACAAUAACCUCCCGCUUGAGAUAAAACAAAGUGAGUCUAUUAUGACAUUCAAAAAAGGACUUACUAGUCAUUUGAAGAUACAACAUCCAAAUUAAUGUUGAUGUUAUAGUAACAUAUAUAUCUAGUAUUUGUAAUUUACAGUGUUAUUUUUCCUGUUUAUUGAAUGCUUGGAUAAUUCCGAGCAUACAUAUUUUAGUGUUAUGAAGUUGGACUGUGACUUUGUCUUUCCAAUUUUAAAAUGUUUUUGUAUAUUAGGAUGCCUAUUUGAAAAAUAAAUAUAUUAUUACUAUUAUUAUAUCUUGAAAAAAGUAUUAUCCUACUCUGCAAAUGAGGCCUCCACAAUUUCUAUGGGCUCUUUGAUGCAAGAGAAUCAACGAGUUUUGAGACUUUUUUGUGUGCAGGGGCAUGGUACUACAGAAACAAAAUACCUUUGGACAACUUUACAUGCCUCGUAGCGUUCAUUACCAGUAUCAUUUGGCAAUGAUAUUGGUAAUGAGCCCACUGUUCGAGGUUGGUUUUUGAGAUUUUAGCCUCGCAGAUGAGCCCCAAAGUGGUCGACCUACAGUAAUUUAGGACGAGGAUUUGAGGACCUUGUUGGAUACAGACCUAUCACAAACAGUGCGUGGGAUAGCGGAAGAACUGGGCGUUAGUUCCCAUGCGGUCUUUGAUGGUUCAAAACGUGAUGGAAAGGUCAGGAAGCUCGAAAAGUGGGUGCCCCAAGAUUGAAACGAUCGACAGUAAUUGUCAGGUUUCGAGGUCUGUCCUUUGCUUUUGCGCAACCAAAAGAUCCUUUUUUAGAUCGGAUCGUCAGGUGUAAUGAACAGGAGACGUUCAGGACAGUGGUUAGACACCGAUGAGCCACCCAGGCACUUCCUAAAGGCAAAAAAGGCAAUGGUUACUGUAUGGUGGUCAGCGGCUGGUGUCAAGGGUCUGAUCGUGCCACGACAACGCCCAUUCGCACGAUUCACAAAUCACUGUCCGAAUAAUAAACGAAUUGAUCAUCGAAGUUUUGCGUCAUCAGCAUACUUCCCAGACUUCUCGUCAACCAGCUACCAUCUUUACAAUCACUUCAAUAACUUUCUCAUUGGUAGAACCUUUGGCAGUCAGGACAAGACAAAAUCGGACUUCAUCGAAUCCAAAAAAUUUUUAUGCUCAACUCUAAAUGGUGGUAUCCUUCAGCUAAAUCAAAUACAGUGCAGAGUUUUUUCCCUUUUAAAUUAGAACAAAUUUCUUCGAUAUUCAAACCAACUUUUGGCUUUCUAACAAUCUGGGGUUGACCUUGCAGGCAACAGCAAAAUGGUUCACAUUUCUCACAUUUCUUUCCACAAGCAGGGCAUUCACGGAGGCCAUGAAUCUUCUGGCAUCUCCGAUACUUAAAGGUAUGUUUGUUCUUUUCAUACUUAAUUGAUUUAUUGUUUCUCUUUUCGUACUUAUCCCUAUUUCGUUUCCCAACUUUCUUCUAAACAAUAUUUACUUUGGUGCUCUUGAAACAUAAGACUCUGUUGUUUGCUCUGUUCACUGAUCCUGCAGAAAUGUCUAGUUUUUUCUAAAGUUAGUUCAUCAAUUUGAAGUAGUGCUUCCCUUGUUGUUCGGUCUCUUAUGCCAGCAACUAUUUUUUCUCGAAGAGCUCUGCCUUCGUGAUAUAGUGCAGGAUUUAUUUCAAUAAAAUUACAUUAUACAGUGAGUUAAGUGAUAGUUUUAAGACGGAUUUCGACCAAAGAGACUCGCUUGCGACUAGUUUCAUUUUCAAAAAAUUAAUCUGAGUCGCGUGUUUUGUUGUGAACUAUAUUUUCCACUACAUGAACAGUUUUCAUCAUACCUUCUCUAGACUAUGUUUUUAUAAUGGGCUACAAUUUUUUUAUAAUCGAAAACAAUGAUACUAGAUGAGAUCAUUGGUAAGAAGACGAAUAGAUUAUGGAACGGAUAAAAUUAUGGCAGAUUUGAUAAAUGAUGACAUAGGAAUGAAUGGAACUGAGAUCAUAGUUUUGUAAUUUUCUAAGAAUGCCCAAUCACGAAUUUGAGAACUUGUUUAAUAUACUGGAUGUACUGGGACCAAAAAAUUUUCAAACAAUACAAAUUACAGAUAUGUCAUAUCGGAAUAGAUGUUUUGUUGUCAUCGCCGACCGUUUCCAUAUAGCGAACUGUGUUUACUAAAACACAGACUAAACACCGAAACCUCUUGAUCUUUCCGCCUACCGACGGGACAUUACGUUGUUAACAAAAACACUUGCCUGCGACACAAAGUCUUCAAAAUGUUUGUUAUUCAGACAACUCACGUUUUUGUUUUGUUGAAAUCGACACAGUUGCUGUUUUUUGUGAUUUUGUCUGUUUGGUGAAAAUCCGCCUUACAUUCUUAAUCUAAUCUAAUGGUAUGUUUACACUACAUGAUAUUCAGACGAAGGUUAAACUCAUAAAUUCACCCUGAAAAGUUAACGUGUAACUUUUCAUAUUCAUAAAUUACGCUCACAAGUUGAAUAAAUAAUGAAAAAAUUGAAAUUUCUAUACUUAGCUUCCUCUAGAUGGUUGGCGAGGAAAAUAAUUCUUUAUUACACUUAACCAGAUUCUCUAAUGAUUUAGUUUUGUUUAUUUUUCAUAUUGUGGAAGGUUAUACAUCCAAAAGACAGUAAGAAACAUUAGCAAAGAUAUUAUCCGUGGUAGUAUCGUUCUGGCAGCUGGUGAACACUUAGUGGUGUAAAUGUCGACUGCGAGGACGAAGUUAGUAGUUCGAAGUCCCAGGCAGUAGUGGUAGUAGCUUUAUUGUCCAAAAGAUCAUUUAUAUGAUGUAGGACAAAUGGA